UCUUCCACAAUAUAAGUCCUCAAAACUCAAAAGCAUAUACAUAUGUAUCUCUUCUUCCUAAAGGUCCAGGCGUAGGAAAGUUUCUCGGCGCCAUUUAAGAGUCAAAAGAGGUGUGAUUCUUCCCCCAAGAGCAGUCCUCAAAACUCAUAGCAUCUCUCUUCUUCCUAAACAUCGGCUAGGGAAGAGUUUUUAGCACCAUCAAGAUCCAAAAGAAUGUCCUGGUCUCUGACCUGAAAAAAUAUGGAGGAAAUUGUUUUGGAACCAAAAGAUGCGGUUGAUUGGUCAUAUAGAGGAGAAGGAGCUAUUAAUUUGGUUCUCGCUUACACUGGAUCCUCUCCCACUUUCUUGGGAAAGGUGAUGAGGAUAAAGAAAAAGCUAAAGAAAGGGUAUGAAAAUGGAGGAGACACAAGUGGAAAUGGUCUUACCAGUCUCGAAAAUAUCAUCUGGGGAGGGAUUAAGGAUCUUGUAUCUUGCCAAAACAAGGAGAUGGUGGACUAUUUGUUUGUCAAACAUGUCAUGAGACCUUUAUUGGGUCACAAACAUGUUAAUGCUGGAAUUCGUCGUCUUGUAGCAACGGAGUUUCUUGAGUCUAUUGAGAAAAUGGUGAGAUCACAGCAUAUUUCUCGGCGAGAUAAUGCAUCUAGUGUGGAUACUAACCUCACUUCCGUGCUUCUCAUGGAUGAUUUGACAAGUUUCGCCCAGGGUCAUGUUGAGGAUCAUGUACCUUGUUUAACUGUUGAAAUAAAGCCCAAAUGUGGAUUUCUUCCAUCUUCAAGUUUCAUAUCGGAAGAAAAUCUUAUUAAGAAGACUAUACCUCUUUUCGAAAUGUACCAAGUUCGAAAGCUUAGGGAAAACGAGAUAUUAGAAAUCAGUAAAUAUGAUCCCUUAGAUCUUUUCUCUGGAUCCAAAGAUAGAAUACACAAGGCAAUAAAAGCACUCUACGCGACUCCUCAGACCAAUUUCCGUGUGUUCCUGAACGGUUCUCUAGUAUUUGGAGGCUUCCGGGGUAGCAAAUGCAUAGCAACCUCAAAGGAUGAAUUAGCUUUUGAGCAUAUACUCAAAGGUAUCAUCAAAACCGAAGAUGAUAGCGUACGUGCAAAUAGUUUCAUAGAGCUUGUUGCUGAAACUAUUUACGCAUCUGGAGCUCUAGAUCAGCUUCUAGAGGUUCAAAAGCUUGACAGAUAUAACAUCGAGGCAGUGAUUCACGCGUACUAUGACUUAAUUGACCAUCCAUGUAAAGCGUGUCAAGAGUUGGAAAAGAGUAAAUUGUCGAAUCAAUUUGGUGCCAUGCAUGCAAUGCCACAAGAUGAAAAAGUAAAUAUUUUGAAGAAUUUUCUAAUAUCUUCCACUGCAACGGAUUGUAGUGUAAUGGUAAGUAUUAGAUCAAGAGGGACUGGUCUCUCUUCCCACGGUAAUGUUCAUCUUGAAUCAACAAAGCAAGAUUUUGAGUACAAGGUUCACUUCAUUGAUCUUGACAUGAGACCUUUGAAUAGAAUGGAAUCCUAUUAUGAGUCGGACAAGAAGAUCAUGAAAACAUACCUGGAAAUGCUGAAGACAAAAGGAGAUCAACCUUGAUGCUUCUAGAACUACAAGCUGAGAAGCAGAUGUCAUAUCUUAUAAAGGAUGCUUCCAAAUAAGUAUUUAAGUUUCACUUAAAGUAACAGUUUAAUUUCCUACUAUUUUCACUUGUAUCAAUUCAUAAGGCUCCCUUUACUUGAUAUAUAUAUGGUUGCAAAAAAUCUCAUACUUGCUCAAAAAGUCUCAUACUUCACCAUGA